CCCUGGGCUGGCUCAGACGCCGUGAGUCAGGGGCCGACCAGGGCGGUCUAUGCGCGCGGGCGGCCCGGGGCUCACUUGUCUGCUCGGCUACGGAGGACACGCCACGCUCUGGGGCCUGUCGCCCUGGCUCCCGCUCCUGCCGCCGCCGGACUCCGGUGGCUCGGCGCGCCCGGCUCCCGAGGGCCAGCCACCAGCUGCGCUCCGAGUCGUCGGGGGGUCGCUGCUGGAGCUCUCGGCCUGCGGGGCAACGCGGAGGCCACAGGUAACCCAGAGUUUCAGGGGUCGGGAGUAUCUUUCGGAUCGUGCGCCACAUGGAUGCCCUGGGGGUUCCCACCCAGAACUGGAGGGUGCCCCUAGCAGAGGGGAGAACUCCCGGGCCAAGGGAGGUGGGGGCGUGCCUGGGGCCAGCGCAGUGGUGCUCGUGUCGGUCGCGCUGGUAGCUGGCUGCAGCCGGGCACAGCUGGAAAGCACCUUGCGCAAGGGUCUCACGGGUUGCAGACUCCUCCUUCUUCCUUGUACUUCCCGGAUCCCCAGCGCCCGGGCAGUGUCAGUCUGGGCAGUGCGCGGGUCAGCAGGGACCCACUGCUGCUGUCACCGGGCGUCCCGCCGCAGACGCCACGGGACGGCUGCAUUCUCGCUGCCGAGCCUCGACUCUGCAGAAAUUGCAACAGUGAUGGAGUACAUGAGCACUGGCAGUGACAAUAAAGAAGAAAUUGAUUUACUGCUUAAUCAUCUCAACAUGUCCGAUGUGAUAGACAUUAUGGAAAAUCUUUAUGCAAGUGAAGAGCCAGCAGUUUACGAACCUGGUCUGAUGACCUUAUGUCAAGACAGUAACCAAAAUGAGGAGCGGUCGGAGUCUCUGCUGCUUAGUGGCCAAGAGGUGCCUUGCUUGUCAUCGGUCAGAUACGGAACCGUGGAGGAUUUGCUUGCCUUUGCAAACCAUAUAUCCAAUACUGCAAAGCAUUUUUAUGGACACCGACCACAAGAAUCUGGGAUUUUAUUAAAUAUGGUCAUCACUCCCCAGAAUGGGCGCUACCAAAUAGACUCUGAUGUUCUCCUGAUCCCUUGGAAACUGACCUACAGGAAUAUUGGCUCCGAUUUCAUUCCUCGAGGGGCCUUUGGAAAAGUAUACUUAGCGCAAGAUAUAAAGACCAAGAAAAGGAUGGCUUGUAAGCUGAUCCCAGUAGAUCAAUUCAAGCCAUCUGAUGUAGAAAUCCAGGCUUGCUUCCGUCACGAAAACAUCGCUGAAUUAUACGGUGCGGUCCUCUGGGGUGAAACUGUCCAUCUCUUUAUGGAAGCAGGCGAGGGGGGGUCUGUUUUGGAGAAACUGGAGAGCUGUGGACCAAUGAGAGAAUUUGAAAUUAUUUGGGUGACAAAGCAUGUUCUCAAAGGACUGGAUUUUCUACACUCAAAGAAAGUGAUUCACCAUGACAUUAAACGUGAGUAUCUUUGGAUAGAUCCCUUUUUGCUCCCACAUCUUUUUCAGAUUUACAUGAGCCCAGAGGUAAUCCUAUGCAGGGGCCAUUCAACCAAAGCAGAUAUCUACAGCCUGGGGGCCACACUCAUCCACAUGCAGACGGGUACCCCACCCUGGGUGAAGCGCUACCCUCGCUCAGCCUACCCCUCCUACCUGUACAUAAUCCACAAACAAGCGCCUCCACUGGAAGACAUAGCAGAAGACUGCAGCCCAGGCAUGAGGGAGCUGAUAGAGGCUGCCCUGGAGAGGAACCCCAACCACCGCCCGAGAGCAGCAGAUUUACUGAAACACGAGGCCCUGAACCCCCCCAGGGAGGACCAGCCACGCUGUCAGAGCCUGGACUCUGCCCUCUUUGAGCGCAAGAGGCUGCAGAGUCGGAAGGAACUGGAGCUUCCUGAGAACAUUGCUGAUUCUUCAUGCACGGGAAGCACAGAGGAAUCUGAGAUGCUGAAGAGACAACGCUCUCUCUACAUAGACCUUGGAGCCCUGGCUGGCUAUUUCAAUCUCGUUCGGGGCCCACCAACGCUUGAAUAUGGCUGACCGAUGAUACGAUUGCUCUAAAUUAGGACAGCAUCUGUCUUCCUCCUCCGACUCUAUACGGUGGAGCUGUACAGUGAAUGAGGAUGUUUAUUGGGGGACAGUGUGGGCUCCGAUGACUCAUGAAUGUGACUACUCCAGAUGGCCCCCGGGUCUUUGAUUUGUGAAGCUACUUUAAUGGAAUUCACCAGGUCUCAAAGUUCUCAUUUCUCAGGUGGUAGGACUCCAAGGAAAGACACUGAACGUUCACAGAAGGACCAUUUCUGCUGACUGAUUCCGUUCACUAUGCACUUUCCUCAAAAUUCAAAAAAUGCCAAUCAUGAGGAUAAUAGCCGAAAUUACUGUUCUUGGUUCUUAUUUAAGUAUAAGGUCUUCAUUUAACUCAGACUAGUUUUGUAUAUAUUGGUGUAUAUUAUCCAGUGUAUUAUAUAAUCCUUUGAGCCUUUGUUGAUAGAUCCUUGUAUAAUUGAAUUCAUUAUGUUUUGGGUGACUAGAACAACUUCAAUAUUGUACCAACAUGCUGGACUAGUGCCUUCAGAAUGGCUAACUGAUGAAUUAGGCGUCAUCUGUCAGCAGGCCACUAGUGACAGUUUUGGUUUAUGUUCCUAUGGAAACAUUUUGUACUGUACAUGCUAUGCUUAAAACAUUCAAGCCGUGUCUUUGAAUGUGGAUAAAACUGUGUAAACCACAUCAUUUCUGUACAUCCCUAAGGAUGAUAAUGUGACUUUUCAGAAAAAUAAAAAUUUUGUAAAUUACCAGCGAUGCGACUUUCAUAAUUCUCAUGAUUCUAUUUUCUUUUAAGCAUUUGUAUAUCAAAAUAGCAUACUGUGUAUGUUGCAUAUCAAAUGCCUCCAAGACUCUUUCUUACAUAUAGAUAUUUAACAUUGUAAAAUACGUGAGUAGUCCUGUGGAAAGUAUGAUUUUACAUUUUGCUAAUGAAACGCAACACUUUUGUCCAA